AUGCUGCUAGGGGCGUCGUGGCUGUGCUCCUCCAAGGCAGCCGCCGCCGCAGAGAAGCGGGCAGCUGAGGAGAGGCGGCGGCGGCGGGCAGCUGCGGGAGGAGGCGGCGGCGGCGGCAACGGCGAGGGACCCCCCGCAGCAGCCGCCGCCGCCGGAGGAGCCAUGGACGAGUCUUCGCUGCUGGACCUGCUGGAGUGCUCCGUCUGCUUGGAGCGCCUGGACACGACGGCCAAGGUGCUCCCCUGCCAGCACACCUUCUGCCGCCGCUGCCUGGAGAGCAUCGUCAGCUCCCGCCACGAGCUGCGCUGCCCCGAGUGCCGCAUCUUGGUGGGCUGCGGCGUGGACGAGCUGCCCGCCAACAUCUUGCUCGUCCGCCUGCUGGACGGGAUCAGGCAGAGACCCCGCGCCGGAGGGGCCGGAGGCGGCGGCGGCGGCGCCCCGGGCAGAAGCGCUUCCGUCACCGCUGCUCCCUCGGGCUCUCACCCUGGGGCGGCUGCGGCUGCCUCCUCCGCCUCCCCUAGCACGGCCGCCGCCGCUGCCGCCGCCUCGGCUGCCGCCAGCCUGAGGGAACUCGCCUCUUCCAGGCGUGCUCCCGGGGCAAAAAGGAGUUGCCUUCUUCCGUAUGGAAAGGCUCUGUAUGCUUAUGAGGGGAAAGAGCCAGGUGACCUUAAGUUUAACAAAGGAGACAUCAUUAUAUUGCGACGAAAAGUAGACGAGAAUUGGUAUCACGGUGAACUGAAUGGAAAUCAUGGCUUUUUCCCAGCAAGCUACAUCCAGUGUAUCAAACCACUUCCUCCAGCUCCACCUCAAGGCAAAGCACUUUAUGACUUCGAAAUAAAGGACAAAGAUCAAGACAAGGACUGUCUAUCCUUCACUAAGGAUGAAAUACUGACGGUCAUCAGGAGAGUAGAUGAUAACUGGGCAGAAGGAAUGCUGGGAGAUAAGAUUGGAAUAUUCCCUAUUUUGUAUGUGGAGCUCAACGAAUCAGCUAAACAGCUUAUAGAGACGGACAACACCAAUCUAGCAGUUGCAACUGGCAGUGACGUCUCUUUGCCUGCUGACAUUAACCUGGCAGUAAAUAUGGCCCAGUGCUGUACCUUGAACAGUACUGGAGCAGUCAGUGCCAUUCAGCGGCAUAUUGACGGCAAGAAGAAUGCCAAGAAGCGCCACUCCUUCACAGCUCUCAGUAUGACACACAAAUCCUCCCAAGCCUUGAAUAACAGGCAUUCCAUGGAAAUUAGUGCCCCUGUCCUGAUAAGCUCGAGUGACCCCCGUGCUGCUGCCAGAAUUGGAGACGUGGCUCAUCUCUCAUCCAGUGCUCCAGUCCAGGAUUCAAGUUUAUCUGGAUCUGCAACCAUGGCUGGACCCAGAGCAAGCACUAUUAGUGGAGAUCAAGCAACACCACUAAAGGUCCAGCUGCCUCUAAAUAUCUACCUGGCAUUAUAUGCAUAUAAACCCCAGAAGACCGAUGAGCUGGAGCUUCGCAAGGGAGAAAUGUACCGCGUCAUUGAGAAGUGUCAGGAUGGCUGGUUCAAAGGGACAUCUUUGAGAAAUGGCAUGUCUGGAGUCUUUCCAGGCAAUUAUGUAACUCCUGUUUCCAGAGUUCCUGUGGGAGCUGGUCAGGCUAGGACUAUAGUAGGAGGGUCUCCAACAGCCAAAGGCUCUCUGGGAGCAGUUCACACUGGAGGCCCAGCCGUUACGAAUUCCGCUACAGUUAUCAGGCCUGCUGUUCCCAUAACAACCCCUCCCACUCAGCCUCAGCUGCCAACAGCGUCCCCGCAGAUGAGUAACUGCUCGAGGUAUUCUUCCCAACCAACUGGCAUCCAAUCUCGCGGUUCUGCACAAAUGGUUGUGCACCCUUCUGUUCAGGCACAGGACCGGCCCACAGCAACGGUCUCACCACUGAGAACUCAGAACUCUCCAUCCCGUCUCCCAGCAACUGUGGUCCGGCCACACUCCGUGGUAUCCCCACAGCACAUCCACCACUCCCCCGUGCACGUAAUUCCAGGAGCCCAGUGUGCCAGGCCCAUGAUUCCCCUGACUUCCGCAGCAGCAGCUAUUACUCCUCCCAAUGUCACUGCAGUCAGUCUGAAUGGAGAUGCAGGAAGUGGGCCCAUCAGCAGCUUGGCAACAUGCAGCCCAACCAACACAGCCUGCAAAGCAGAGGAGAGGAAAAAUGAAAAGAAAGAAAAGAAAAGUGGACUUUUGAAACUUCUGGCAGGAGCUUCAACAAAAAAGAAAUCUCGUUCUCCUCCAUCGAUGUCCCCGACACAUGACCCCCUGGCAGUGGUGGAGGGAAUGCUGCAGGGUGCAAUAGGACCUGAACUAUCUUCUCUCUCUAGCCAUGGAAGGGCAGGCUCAUGCCCCAUUGAAAGUGAAAUGCAAGGAGCAAUGGAGAUGGAACCGUUGCACAGAAAAACAGGCUCCUUGGAUUUGAAUUUUUCUAUCCCUUCUCCCAUAAGGCAGCCACCUCCUUCAAUGGCAGCCAUCCGUCCGGAGCCUAAGCCAUUGUCUCGAGAAAGGUAUCGUGUCGUGGUUCCGUACCCACCUCAGAGCGAAGCGGAGAUUGAACUUAAGGAAGGCGACAUUGUGUUUGUUCACAAGAAGAGAGAGGACGGCUGGUAUAAAGGGACAUUACAACGAAAUGGCAGGUCUGGCCUUUUCCCAGGAAGCUUUGUAGAGAGCUUCUAAGGGCCUAUGUUCCAGAGACCUUUUAGAGGAAAUUCCAUAGCACAAAAAGCGACAGCAGAGACACUUUCCUAAUAUCCACUGCCAUAAUAAUAAUUGUAAUUAUUGUUCCCAAAGACUUCCCCCCCCCAGGCUCUUUGAUAUUCAGCCCCAGAGACUGAGGUCUCUUGCUGUGCUUUCAGACCCCCAUAUACUGUCCAUACAGCAGUAUGUUGGAGCAGUGCCUUCUAUUUGGAAUCAGAGGCCGAGAGGACAUGCAUUUGGGUUGCAUCUAAACUCAAGCACAGCCACUGCUAUACUUUGUGUAAAUUAUAGAGAAAAUAUGUUUUAAAAAAAUUAAGAAACUUCUUAUAUCACAGUAAUUUAUUUGUCCAAGCUGCAGUGUUCUUAUUACUGGCCUAU